AUGGUGGCCGAUUUUUCUCUUAAGUGUGAUCUAUUUGGAUUACCUUUUCGAUUCGCAAACCUUGAUACAGCACGCCUCUAUGUGCUGUACUGGACGUCACUUCUUCUCAUUGAAAUUUUGAUCCACGAGAUGACCACCUCGAUCAUGAUUCUCGAGUCUCGCAGUGAGAAAUUAUCGGGUUAUUUUCUUCCAUCCAGCGAGCAGUUUAUUAUGGCGGAGCACUAUGCGGACGAAAUUUGCCGGGCUAUUCCAUACUGCCUGCAAGAGGGUAUGGGCGCAUGGGGUGCUCAUAUUGUUGUGGCUAGCAUGAACCAUGUUACCAAGCCAUUCGCGGCUCUACGUCGAGAAGCAAAAUUCUUUUGGUGCCAAGAGAUCUUUCAGGUCAUAUCAUCUCGGGGUAUGAAUCUGGCAGUUGCUUUGGGUAAUCUGAGCUUGGGACUAUGGAAAUCUUACGAGAAUCAGAGUCCAAGAAGUCCAUUCGAGAUGCCUUUACGAGAUGCGGUUGGGCCCUCUCAGGUUCAGCAUGUAUUUAUUGAAGAGAGAGUUGCGGAUGUGACAGAUGUCGACAAUAUUGAGCCAACAUUCGAAGCCGAUGAUGCAAAUCUUGUAUGA